AAUUCAGUACGAGUCACGCAGCGGAGUGGACGUCACACUCUCGCUCUCUCACUUUCACUUACACACACACACACGCACGCAUUUACGGCGACUCUCUCAACGUGUCCUGGCGCUCUAACGUAUUUCCGAAUAAUGUGAAUACCGAAUAACGAACACUGAAUACCGAACACCGAACACCGAAUAACGAACAACCGUGCAACUGUGCAACGAGGAGACAACCACAACGAGGCAACUCAUUCAUCAGUCGCGCGAGAGCAACUGACCGCAUCUGUGGCACAUCGUUCUUAAAAAAAGUAUAAAAAAAUAGACUUAAAUCAGGACCAAUCACUAUCAUCAUCUUGUGUGAGAUAAUAAAAAAAAGAUACGCGUGAGUUUCAGCAACUGCAGGCUGCAAGAGUCAACAAAAUCAAUUGAAUUAAUCAAGUGAGAGAAAUCAAUUAGCGAAGAGUAACUGAAAGCAAAAAAGCCGCUCGACAAACGACAAAACGACACACGGCGUUCGCUGCUCGCCGCACGCUUCCUGCUGUAGUACAAUUUCCUGUUUGGUUACAGCAGACCCACUGUGACGUGCAUAAAUGAAAGGAACGUGCGAUGCAACUGAAUCCAAGCAAACAUACUGAAACGCACUACUGGAUUACCCUUUUUUGGUGUGCCUUGGGAGGCUUAAUAUUGGGUGGAAUCGUUGUCAUCUCAUACUGGAUAAGACGAUGCAGGACACUUGCAGCGAAGUCGCCCCGCCAACGCUCCAAAGCCAGGAGCCGGAGCUCAUCAUCAGCUGCCGCCGCCAACAGCAGCAGCAACAACAACAACAGCAGCAACAUCACAAACAACAGCAGCAGCAUCCGCAGACAGCGAAGCCAAUACAGCCAGCAGUACAGAAAAUCAUCACCCGAUCACAAUCAUCGACGUCGUCGUCGACGCAUGCUGCAGUGCAUCAACUGAAGCAGCAACAAUCCCUGCCCAAUCCACUGCCCCAAUUGCAACAGGCAACCGGCGAGCCUCAUCUGAGCUCGCACUCGCAUCCAAACCACCACAACCAUCCACACGCCUCCAAAUCCGUGUCCAUACUCGUCUACAAGACCCUGAACACGGUCUUCAAGAGCAGCCGUAAGAUCAUCGUGCGUGUCUGCGAAGUGGCCACCACUAAAAAAUCAUUCACCAUGUUUAAAUUCAACAAAGCUGCCCAACAGCAGCGACUCGAUAAUCGCGCCAGCGCCGUCACCGGACACGAUCAGUUCGUCAGGCCUCCGGUGCCGGAAAAGAAAGUGAGAAACAUUAUGAAGAAGCUGCACAAGGCGAAUGGACUGAAACGCUCCAAUUCGGCAAUUGAAUUUGAUGUCUCAGCGCUGACAGCCGCCAAUCGACGCCAAAUCUAUAGUAGCAACCGAUCGGCCAGCUCGGACCAAGAUAACUCUGAUCUAUCCGAGCACUCGGAAAAAUCGCCUUUGGUUAGCGCGAGGUUAGACAAUCUUGCUAGGCUCUUUUUUAGCAAAUCGAUGCCAGCGGAAACCGGAAGUAGAGAUACCAUAGAUUCAGUACUAACAACAAGACCCAACAACAUCAAGUAUCAAUACUCGGCGCUGGACAGCGGCAAUGGCAUUGUGGAGCGCAGUCCUCGAGAGCGAGCCCAACGGGAACGGGCAUUGAAUGCCACACAGGAGUGGAUACAGAGCGCCAAUGGGCGUUACGAGGUGAUUGCACAUCUGGAUGAGAUUGGCUCAAGGCACGGCAAGAACUGGUUUCUGGUCAACGAUGCAUCGGUACGCACGGAUCGUUUGUUGACUCUCCUGCCUCUGCCUACAGAUUGUGUGGCCUUUGAGGAUCUGCCGCCCAAUGAGAGUGCAAGGGAUAUACUUAUGGAGCUAUUGGGAUCACUGCAUCAUCCGUAUAUUUAUCCCGUGCUCGAUUUGGGCUUCUUGCGCAAUAGCUCGCAUAAUUAUGCCUGCCUAGUGACGCCCUUUAAUUCGCGCGGCAGUCUCAAGGAUCUCAUCUUUAAGGCCCAGUGGAACGAGCCUUGGGCGCGCAAGUACACAAAAAAACCGAAUGGCCUGCCUGUUAGCCAAGUGCAACGUCUGGGCCGUCAGAUUCUGGAGGCAUUGCUUUUCCUAAAGGAGCGCGGUUUUCCACUUCAUGGUCACCUACACAGCGGCAAUGUCAUUCUACAGAACGGCGCAGCCAGGUUAUCAGGCAUUGAGAAUGGCCUGCUGGGAGUCAGUUCGCGCAACAAUGCCGUGACGUGGUCGCGUUCUGUAACAGAAAUCGAGAAUGUCGACAUUGUGUGCUUUGGCCAUCUGCUCUAUGAAAUGUGCACCGGUCAGGAGCUGACCACACCGAAACCAUCCGUCCGGGUGCUUGAAAUGGAGCUGCAGCAUUAUCCACAAAUUGGCCAGGUCCUGGAAAUAUUGGGUCUUAUCUUUGAGCCGCCUAGCGGUGUAUGCCCCUCCGUUGAGGACCUAGUCCUAUGCGAUCUAUUUCGCAGCAUCGACUUGCGCGAGCUGCGUGGUCCCUGUUUCAGUACAAUCAAGCCGAGCCUAAGCCGUUCCACAUUAAAUUUACUGCACGCUGUAAAGAAGCGACAAUGCGCCUCCCUGGGCAACUCCUUCAGUGAGGCUAGUUCACCCUGUACGCCGCCCACGACGCCGCAUGAUAGACGCACUGGCAUCAGCCGAACAAUGGACUCAUUUGACAUAUCAAGCGACUCGGAGGAGGGACUGCUCGAAGAGAUUGUCGUGGGAGAAGGAGGAGGAGGAGGUGGAAGAGGCAGCAGCUGCAGCAGCUGGAGCAGCUGUCAUAUGAAGAGCCUACAGCGUUUGCAGCGUUAUCAACACUGGCACUCCGCCUCGUCAUCGUCAUCCUUCACACGGACACAGCACAGACAGCAGUAUGAACCGACUGAGUCACCAAUACACUACUGUGACCAUGCGGCGCUCUACUCGGAUGACAACAGUACCAGUGCCAGUGGCUUUGCCCAGGAGCUGCCCACGCAGCCCACAAUACGCUGUAGUACAAGUAGUCAAAGCAAUCUGAAUGUGAUGCUAGCCGAGGGCAGUGUUGCCAUCGAGGCUGAGGAGGAGGGCGAGCAGGAGGCGGAUCAGCGACAGGAGGGUGUGCAAGAUGACGAUGAACACUUAACGCUGACAGCACCAGAUGAUGCGGUGGCCAGCGGUUCGGGGGGUGGACAACGUUUGCAUGCCUCCGCAGCGGCCUCCUUCAAUCAUCAGUUGACAGCGGACAUGUGCAACUACAAGAACUCCAAGAGUCGUCGUCUGGAAUACUCGCUCAAGUGUUUAAAAUAUGGACGCAGCAAUCCUUCGCAGGAUUCGGCCUUUGGUUCGCUUACCGACAAUGAUUUGUCCAUUGGCUCCUCGAGCAUACGCCUGAGUAGUUUUCAAUCCAUCUCCUCGCCCAUCGAUGAGGGAGUCGAGGACAUUAUCAUAGCCACCACGACGGGCGGCAAUGAAACAUGCCUGGAACUGGCCACUAUACCACGCAGCAUGGUUUCACAGGAUUCGGCCAUUUCUUCACCCUGUCGGGAGAGUUCGCCCAGCAACUUUCUGCACAUUGAUGAUGCCCUGUCCGGUACAGGCUCUACAUCAUCUGGUUCGGGUUCGGGUUCGGGCUCGGGUUGUGGUUCAUUGGGUAACAUGAGACCGCAACAUUUUCCGGUCUCGUUGUCACCAAAAAUUCUUGUGACAGCCACAAGUAGUUCCAGCAACUCUUCUAUAGCCUCCAGCAGCAAUCCAGCCACGGCACAGCCACCACAACAACACCAGCAACAGCAACAACAACAACAAUUUGAUCCGCCCAAAAUACUUGUUAAUGAUCAGAAUUCUAUAUACACCACAUCGCCUUCGAAGCGCUCCAGCAUGAUCGAGGUCUUCUCGCAGAAGUAUCGCGUCAGCUCCUUUGAGGAUAUGUCACCAAAGCGCACAGGAUCCGGAUCCGGAUGCGAUAAACAAUAUCUAAAGCAUGUUAAUCGAUUGGCCUUUCGAUCGCUGGAGGAGGAGAGACGCAUUGAUAAUGCCUUUAUGCCAAUGGCGGAUCGUACGCACUCCGACAAUCGCGUCAAUAUGCAGAGUGAGAAGUACAAGAAGUUAACACAUGCAUCGUUCAGGAUUAGCAAGACCUCAUCCAGCGGAUGCUGUCAGGAUCAAUCGCCUACGAAUCAUCCAACCUCCAAUAUGGAGCUGCAAAGAACAGGCAGCUCGACGGGAAGCCAACGUCAGACCCUUUGGCGUGAUAGCAAAUUCUAUCGCAAGAAUCGCAUUGCCAAGAGUAAUGAUUCCCUAUUGGAGCCGCACUCGCCGAAUCAUCGACUCUCGCCCAGUUCGUUGCGUGACAAUCACUAUGAGAGCGGCAGCUGCUGUUCCACACAGGGAAGUCGUCGAUCCCUCAGUGGCAGCCAACAAAUGUUGAGUGUGACCACGAGUUUCUGUGGCUCGGGCAGUGGACAGACACGUCGCUAUUGUAGCUCAAAGAGCGAGGAUCUGGGUGAAUCUUCGGACUAUUUGCGUGUCAUGGAUGCACGCAAAUCAUAUUCGGAACGGCAUUUGGUGCGCCUCAAGCAGACGGCAAUUAAUAAUACGCACAGUGGCAGCGAGGAUGAAAUGAGCUUCAACGAUGACAAUAAUGCCACAUCCAACAGUCAUGGAAAUCCACAACAACAGCAGCAACAACAACAAUUGCAACUGCAACCGCAACAUCCAAAGGGACGCGUUGGCAAAAUCAGUUGGAGCAGCUGUUCCAUUAACCAUCUGAAGACGACCAAUAUUAAAACCACAUCCUUGGCCACUCUCACCUGCCAAACGAAUUUAAGCUGUAAUGCUCCCUCCGCCCAUGCAUCCACAACUGCCAGCUAUCGCACACCAUCCAAAUCCCUCGAUCAGGAACUCAAUGUCACCAGUAGCAGCACCUCCAGUUCGAGCAGCACCGGCAGCAGCGCCGUCGCCGAGGAUAAUAGUUCCGUUGAUGGAUCCCCAUCGAGACGGACUGCAAGCGGCGCCGAAUUGUCGCGCAUCUUAGUCAUGGACAUGGACGAUGUGCCGGAGAGCAACUGCAGCGAGGAGAAGACGCCGCUACUUGACAGCGUUGAAAUGUCACCCAUUAGUCCAACCGAACCGCAAUCUGACCUAGACAAGCUAUAAGCUUUUACAUAUACAUAUACACCCAAU